AUGACUCUCCUUCCAGAGUGGUUAACUUUUUUAAAAGGCAAAGAGGUUGUUAUUGCUAAUGCUAUAAUUGCAAUACUGACAAUUGGUGGGCAGCAACUUUUCUCUUUUUUUACAUUCAGCUGUCCCUGUCAUGUUGGGCAGAACCUUAUCUAUGGGCUAGCUUUCCUAGGAGUUCCUGCGCUGAUCCUUCUUGUUGUUGGUUAUGCCCUGAAUAACCAGACUUGGAGGCUGGUUACAGGCAAAAGCUCUCCUUUUCAGGAUGAGACUACACCAAAUCGGUUACUGCAGUGCAAACUGAUCUGCUUCGUCUUGUGCAGCAUCACUGGGAGAGCCCUGGUUGCUCCAGUAACAUGGCUAGCAGUGACCCUAAUAAAUGGCUCAUACUAUGUCUGUGCCAUGAGUGAGUAUGUCUCUGUGCAUUAUUAUGGAGCUAAUCCUAAUGUGACUGCUAGCGAACGCCAAAGGAUAUUGGCUGAAUUUCCAUGCAGUCAGUUAGUUCCUCCGGAGCUGACCCGGGCAAGAGAUGAAGUGAUUCUCCUACUUCGAUACCAGUCACAAGUGGCUGGCUGGCUUCUCAUUGCUGUGGUAGUCAUCACUGUGUUCCUGUCUUACUGUCUGGCAAGCUGUUUCUCCCCACUCAGCUUUCUACAUUUCAGAUACUGGAGCAGCUAUGUCCAUAAUGAGCAGGCACUCUUUGAUGAAGCGACAGACCAGCACUCCAGGCUCUAUGCCAUGCAGCAUGUAAGGAAGUUCUUUGGCUUUGUCCCAGGGAGUGAAAAUGUGAAGGAAAUACGUAUCCCCUCUCUCCGAGAGUGGCAAGCCAUUUCUGGACUGGCCUUUCUAAAACGAGUGGAUGAGGAGCACUACGACUACAGCCUCCUCCAUGACUGGGCUCUCAAGGAGACUGUAAAUGGAAAAUACCUGAAGACGGAUGAAGACCCUGUGAUCAGAACACAGCCCUGA